UAUAAGGUAGUUCUCAGAUGCUAAUAUUUGGCUCUUUGGAUAAACUCGUGGCUCGUUCCUGGACUUUUGGAACUUCGUUGUUCGCCAUGAAAUAUUAUGAAGAACUUUUUUCAAUUUUCACUAAUAUUUUCUCUUUCCAUUUUCCCCUCACUUCUCUCAUCUCACAUAGAACCUGUUCCACCUCCAGAUGUCGGCCCGCGUGCCUCCGUCCACCCUGGGCAGCCUGCUGCUGGCCGUCCUGCAGGGUGGAAACGAGGACAGAGACCGGGGGAGCUGGGGAGGGGUGGCAGUGACCUGCCCCGGGUGGGAGGAAGGAGGCGAGGGGCUGCUCUCUCACCUCCAGAAGCACAGCGGCCCAGCGUGGCAUUUGUGGGACAUCAUCAACCUCACCCACAUCACAGGGGGCGGGGACCGAAGGGGUGAGGCCAGCGAGGAGCGAAGGGAGGAUCAGAUGGUUGAAGAGGCGUUGAAGAUCCUCUCCGCUCGUUUCCUCGGCUCCACCUCCCCGGCCUCCUCCGUCCUCCUGCUGGGCUCCGACCCUGAGUGUGUCUCCUCUGUGCUGCGAGCCGCUCAGCGCCUCACUACAUCGCUACCGGCGCUGCAGUGGAUCAUGGGAUACCCCUUGUCUCCAGAUUCCCUCCACACUCUGGGCGGACCUCUCGGGCUGCUCGCCUACGGAGAGGUCGGCAGGAAGCCAAUCAGCUUCUACAUUCGGGAUGCUCUGCAGCUGAUUGGACGGGCAGUCACUGCGGCAACCAUGCUGAGGCCGGACCUGGCUCUGGUCCAGAACAUCGUCAACUGUUACGACAAACCAAACGGCCACGAGCUGCCGUCAUCAGGACAGUAUCUGGCCAGGUUUUCUCUCAACGCCUCCUUCACCGGAGCCACAGGUCUGAUCCAGGUGGACGCAGGAGUCUCCAGGAUCCUUUCCUCCCAGCUCUUCCAUGUAUGGAGUCUAAAGAGAGGAGCUCUGGGUCAGCCCGCGUGGGUCACUGUGGGCCAGUGGACGCGGGGCCGACUGGACCUGGAGGAGGGUAUCCUAGGAUGGAGGCCGGGCCUUUCCGUGGAGGGACACCGCCUGCGCGUGGUUACUCUGGUGGAACAUCCGUUCGUUUUUACCAGGGAGGUGGAUGAAGACGGAAUGUGCCCAGCUGGUCAGCUCUGUCUGGACCCUAAGACCAACCGGUCUGAGAUAAUCAACGGUCUCUACAAUCAGCUGCACAACCCCAACAAGCUGCCGGACGACCUGAGGAAAUGCUGCUACGGCUACUGCAUCGACCUGUUAGAAAAGCUGGCAGAAGACAUGGGCUUCACCUUUGACCUCUACAUCGUUGGAGAUGGGAAGUACGGGGCCCUGAGCGGGACGGGCCGGUGGACCGGCCUGGUGGGUGACCUGCUGAGUGGAGCUGCAGACAUGGCCGUCUCAUCCUUCUCCAUCAACUCAGCCAGGAGCAGAGUCAUCGAUUUCACCUCACCCUUCUACUCCACCAGUCUGGGCAUCCUGGUUCGUAGCAAAGACACCGCAGCUCCCAUCGGAGCCUUCAUGUGGCCCCUCCACUGGUCCAUGUGGGUGGGCAUCUUCGUCACGCUGCACCUCACUGCGCUCUUCCUCACCUUGUACGAGUGGAACAGCCCAUUUGGCAUGACGCCCCAUGGCAGGAACAGGCUGAGGGUCUUUUCCUACUCCUCUGCACUCAACCUUUGCUACGCCAUUCUCUUUGGACGCACUGUUGCCACCAAGACUCCUAAAUGCUGGACCGGCCGCUUCCUGAUGAACCUUUGGGCCAUCUUCUGCUUACUGGUUCUGUCCAGUUACACCGCCAACCUCGCUGCUGUCAUGGUUGGGGAAAAGACCUUCGAGGAAGUCUCCGGAAUCCACGACGACAAGCUGCAUCACCCUUCCAUGGGUUUCCGCUUUGGCACGGUGCGAGAGAGCAGCGCCGAGGAUUACAUGAAGAAAAGUUUCCCAGAAAUGCACGACUACAUGAGGCGCUACAACCAGCCCACCACCCCAGAAGGAGUCCAAAUGUUGAAGACAGAUCCUCCGACCCUGGAUGCAUUCAUCAUGGACAAAGCUCUUCUGGACUUUGAGGUCUCUAUUGACGCAGACUGUAAACUGCUCACCGUGGGGAAGCCGUUUGCCAUCGAAGGCUACGGCAUCGGUCUGCCCCAAGGCUCCCCUCUAUCACGCAACGUGUCUGAGUUUGUCAGUCGCUACAAGUCUGAUGGUUUCAUGGACAUGCUUCAUGACAAAUGGUACAAGGUUGUGCCCUGCGGGAAGCGAGUCUUUGCCGUCACCGAGACUCUCCAGAUGGGCAUCCAGCACUUUUCCGGCCUGUUUGUGCUGCUGUGUAUGGGCGUGGGUGGAGCCCUGCUGACACUGGCCGGGGAACACACAUUUUAUCACCUGGUCCUGCCUCGCCUGCGUCGAACCCACACACUGCGGUACUGCCUAUUCAAUGUGGGCCAGAUGUGA